GCAUCCCGUAAACGCAGAGGAUGCUGAGGGGACAGACACUGAUUGCAAGGAAAGGAUAAGGAUGGCAGGCGGGGAGAAAAACAGUGAAAUUGCAUUUCCAGUUCGUUGGUAAACUCCUUCAGGAAAACAGGACCGUUAACAGUUAAAGAUAAUGCAAAUGAAUUAAGUAAACCAAAAGGAAGGAACGCCGGCUUUGCUAAGAGGAGAAAGAGGACAGACAAACGGAAAAACAGUGAACACACUAAUUCGUAGUGGGCUCCUGCCUGGAUUAGGCUGGGAUAACGGUACAGCUAUCUUCCUCUCCUGAGCUCCAAGGCUGCACUGCCUCUUGACAUUAGCCUGCAGCUUAUUAACUAUUCCGCACUACUUUGACAUUCCUUCAUUGACACGCUGAAGAUCCAAUCCUGUGUUGGGGGUCCUCCUUCCUUGGCACUGUGCCAACACAUGCACUCCAAUAAGAUCAAUAAGAGGCAGGACCACAUACAUGCCUACACCCCCCUUUAGGCUCUGAGAGAGUUAUAACAAGAAAUUCAGUUCAGAGUGAAGGAGAGGGGGAGACUGAAGAUAGGAGCCGAGGAAGAAGAGCGAGGCAUCGCCGGCGUUUAUGAAGACAGCCAUCGGAUUAUAGUGCACCUACAAGCUCCAAACCACAAGGAGUAUAGUAUAAUGAGAUUCAGUUAAUUGCAGAAGACAAGUUUUGCCCGUUCAGUGAUGUAAAGAAGAGAGGUAAAGCUUUGCACACAUAGGUGUGCAGCAGAUGUUAGAUGCUCUCGCUGCACCGAAUAGCACUGCUAGGGGUUUGCUUCAGGACCAGAUACUGGGUUUAACAUUUCUACUGGAAGAUGCUUACCUUAUCGGUUGCAUAUUUUUGAUACAGUGGAAUGACCUGUAACGCAGACUAUAUCCCGAGGAGUGUUGUUUUCGCAAAGGAUGCAUUGGGUUUUGAGCAUCUGAGGUAACAUGCAGUUGACAUUAUUCUUGAGAAGAGAUUACUUUACCACAAACAACAGUGCAACAGGGAGAGUAGGGUUUUGGUGCAAGCUGCAAAGUUCCACACGUACACAACGGCUUUCCCAUUUGCUGUUGUAAUGCUUCUGAGGGACAGGAUUGCUUUACAUGUCCAGAUCACCACCAUUCACCUAUGUCACUCCAUUGGAACUAAUCACUGACACAGGCUGCCCUUCAACUAAUGCGGACAAAACUAGUGCCGAGCCGUUAAUGUGAUAACUGGAACAAGGUACACCGGUUGUUUGGGUCAUUUUGCACCAGCAUUUUUUCCUGAUCAGUAAGUGAAGGACCCCGGCAGAUGCACACAGUACCUGCUAUAUUAGUCUGCAGCAUACAUAUCUGGCAGCUGUUAAUAACAUUCUGUGGGAAGAUGUCUGGUUAGGCAGAUCGAUUGUGUGUCUGUUUCAGAAAAGGGGGCUAUACGCAUAUGCAUUUUUAAUGUGCUUAACCUGUUCUAAAUUCUUAAUAAGUUGGCAAGAAGCUGAUAUUUUAUUGUUUUCUGGUGAGCGGUUUUUAUUCAAAAUCUAUAGGAUAGAGCAGAAUUAAUUGUAAUGGAAUAGCAACUACCCGAGCAACACAAAAGUGUCUUCAUCACUGGGCAACAUGCACAGAAGUACAGGAAUCUAAAGCAGAGCACCUAAUGCAUCACGCCAGCUUCAUUUCUCGUUUUAUUGGGAACUAAUGUCAAGUCAUAAAGAAACCCUGGAUUUAAAUCAGGAUGAACACAGGAGGCAGGAAAAGGUACCAAAGAAAUUGAUGAGUUCUGCUAGCCCAGCUCUCGGAUAAGACACAUAAAUCAGUCAGGCCAUGUUGACAGCUGUUAUCUGGAAAUAAGAAAAGUAUUGCAUCCUGCAGUGUACACACAAUUUACCUGGCAGACUAUCCAUUAUUUCCUUCAGGAAGAAUUUAUAUCUCCAAAUAGUCUUACAUAAAUAAUAAUUGCAAAUCUAUUAUCAUGGACCUACGAAAUUUUUACUUGUUGGCUGCACUGAUUGCCUGCUUAAGGCUGGAUUCUGCAAUCGCUCAAGAACUUACUUACACUAUAAGAGAAGAACUGCCUGAGAAUAUACUGAUAGGAAAUAUACCAAAGGACCUAAAUAUUUCUCACAUUAAUGCUGCUACUGGAAGCAGUGCUAACUUAGUGUACAAACUAGUUGCUAAGCCUGGUGAUACCCCUUUGGUCAAAGUGUCAGGUAAUACCGGAGAUUUGUAUACAACAGCCAAUAAAAUCGACAGGGAAAAGCUUUGUGGAGGUUCUGCAAACAAUGAAGAAAAGGAGUGUUCCUUUGAGCUUGAAGUGGUUAUCCUACCAAAUGAGUUUUUUAGACUUAUCAAAAUUAAAGUAAUUGUCAAGGAUGCAAAUGACAAUGCCCCAAUGUUUCCCUCAUCUGUCAUUAACAUUUCCAUACCUGAAAAUACUCUGAUCAACAGCCGAUUCCCAAUACCAUCAGCUACAGACCCAGACACAGGAUUUAACAGUGUACAGCAUUAUGAGUUGUUAAAUGGACAGAGAGCAUUUGGGCUGGACAUUGUAGAAACCAGUGAAGGAGAAAAGUGGCCUCAACUAAUUGUUCAACAAAACUUGGAUAGGGAACAGAAAGAUACUUAUGUGAUGAAAAUCAAGGUGGAAGAUGGAGGAACUCCCCAAAAAUCUAGCACUGCUAUUCUUCAGGUCACUGUUAGUGACGUUAAUGAUAACAGACCACUUUUUAAGGAAAGUCAGGUUGAAGUAUAUAUACCAGAAAAUGCACCUGUAGGUACCUCUGUUGUUCAGCUCCACGCAACUGAUGCAGACGUAGGCAGCAAUGCUGAUAUAAGAUAUACAUUCAGCGCUCAGGUUUCUCCAGCUACUAAAAGGCUGUUUACAAUGAACACCACUACUGGACUUAUAACAGUUCAGAGAGCUCUAGAUCGAGAGGAAACAUCAAUACACAAAGUGACAGUGCUUGCUAGUGAUGGUAGUUCUACACCUGCUCGUGCUACUGUUACAAUUAAUGUUACAGAUGUAAAUGAUAACUCUCCAAACAUUGAUCUAAGAUACAUUAUAAGUCCUAUCAAUGGCACAGUUUACUUGUCAGAAAAAGACCCUGUCAAUACAAAAAUUGCUCUAAUAACGGUUUCAGAUAAGGAUACUGAUAUGAAUGGCAAAGUCAUUUGUUUUAUUGAAAAAGAUGUCCCCUUCCACUUAAAGGCUGUUUAUGAUAAUCAGUUCUUAUUAGAGACAUCCUCUAUGCUUGACUAUGAAGGGACCAAAGAAUAUACCUUUAAGAUUGUUGCCUCUGACUCUGGAAAGCCUAGUUUAAACCAAACUGCACUUGUUAGAAUAAAAUUAGAAGAUGAAAAUGAUAACCCUCCAAUUUUUAGUCAGCCUGUUAUUGAGUUGUCAGUUUCUGAAAACAACCGACGUGGCCUAUACUUAACUACUAUCAGUGCCACAGAUGACGACAGUGGGAAAAAUGCAGAAAUUGUUUAUCAACUUGGCCCUAAUGCCUCUUUCUUUGAUUUAGACAGGAAGACAGGGGUUCUGACAGCAUCCAGAGUUUUUGACAGGGAAGAACAAGAGCGUUUCAUCUUUACUGUUACAGCUAGAGAUAAUGGAACACCUCCACUUCAGAGUCAAGCUGCUGUCAUUGUAACUGUCCUGGAUGAAAAUGAUAAUAGCCCCAAGUUUACACAUAACCACUUUCAAUUUUUUGUGUCGGAAAAUUUACCAAAAUACAGUACAGUGGGAGUAAUAACAGUGACUGAUGCAGAUGUUGGGGACAAUAAAGCUGUGAUACUUUCCAUUCUAAAUGAUAAUGAAAACUUUGUUUUAGAUCCCUACAGUGGCGUCAUAAAAUCAAAUGUUUCUUUCGAUAGAGAGCAGCAAAGUUCUUACAGCUUUGAUGUCAAGGCUGUGGAUGGUGGUCAGCCCCCACGUUCUUCAACAGCAAAAGUAACAAUUAAUGUAAUGGAUGUGAAUGAUAACAGUCCAGUUGUUAUAUACCCACCUUCCAACACAUCCUUUAAGGUAGUGCCCUUGUCUGCCAUUCCAGGCUCAGUGGUUGCAGAAGUCUUUGCAGUGGAUGUUGACACUGGGAUGAAUGCUGAACUUAAAUAUACUAUCGUCAGUGGAAAUAACAAGGGCUUGUUUCGUAUUGAUCCAGUAACAGGUAAUAUAACUCUUGAGGAAAAGCCAUCCAUAAAUGACGUGGGACUACACCGCUUAGUAGUCAACAUAAGUGAUUUAGGAUACCCCAAAUCUCUGCAUACCCUUGUCCUGGUCUUUUUGUAUGUCAAUGAUACCAUUGGCAAUGCUUCCUACAUUUAUGAACUAAUACGAAGGACCAUGGAAACACCGCUGGACAAAAACAUAGGAGAAAGUAACCAGCCUUAUCAAAAUGAAGACUACCUUACAAUAAUGAUUGCUAUAGUAGCAGGAGCUAUGGUAGUCAUUGUCGUUAUAUUUGUCACCGUUCUUGUGAGGUGUCGCCAUGCGUCAAGGUUCAAGGCUGCACAGAGGACAAAACAAGGAGCUGAAUGGAUGUCUCCAAAUCAAGAAAAUAAGCAGAAUAAGAAAAAGAAAAGGAAGAAAAGAAAGUCACCAAAAAGUUCUCUUCUUAACUUUGUUACAAUAGAGGAAUCCAAAACAGAUGAUCCUGUUCGAGAGCCAAUUAAUGGGAGCAUAAGUCUUCCAGCUGAGCUUGAAGAACAAGGUAUAGGAAGGUUUGACUGGGGUGCAGCUCCACCAUCUACCUUUAAACCUAGCAGUCCUGAUCUAGCUAGGCAUUACAAAUCUGCCUCUCCUCAGUCAGCAUUUCACCUUAAGCCGGAUACUCCAGUGUCAGUGAAAAAGCACCAUGUCAUCCAAGAACUCCCACUGGACAACACCUUUGUUGGGGGUUGUGACACUCUCUCAAAGCGCUCUUCCACUAGCUCAGAUCACUUCAGUGCCUCAGAGUGCAGCUCCCAGGGUGGCUUCAAGACAAAGGGCCCAUUACACAGCAGACAGGUAAAGGAGCACUUUUACUGGUCUAUAAGUACGACUUACAAGUGCCCAAUCAGCCAGUAUUAAAGUGCUGCUGUAGCUUUUAUUGUUGUCUUCUUUGGAUUUGUUUCCAAUUGUAAGUGCUUAGCUCAUUUUUCUGCACUUUUUCUGAAAGGCCUGGUUAUUCAAAGUGAUUGUCAUAAAAAUGAUGCCAAUAUCAAAAAACAAUCAUAUUGCUAUUAUGCCCUGAUAUUAGGAUGAUUUAUAAUGCUGGUGACUGAUUACUGCUUGCAGAUAUAUUGUUACAUGUUAGCAUUGUAAUCCUUUAAGUGAGUGCUGCUAAUUGGUCAACUGAAUAAUUGCCGACAUUUCCAACUCACUUUAUUAUGUUUUGCUCAGGGCAUGCACUUCUUUCAGCUAUGGCAGCUGUAUUUAUUAAGUAUUCACAUGAGACUACUGAUUUAGUCUGACAAAAAGAAAAUACAGCUAAAUGCAUUUCAUUUAAUAUGAAGAUUCUGUAUGCACACAAAAUUAAUGUGAGAGUUAAACAUAGUAUGAACACACACACACACACACACACACACACACACACACUCACAUUAAGUGCUUGAAAAGUGAAAAGGGAGGCAUGAACUUUUAAGUGUGUUUUCUUAAAGAUGAAUAUGGCUAGGCAUCUAAUGGUCCUCACGAUUGAUUGCCUAGUGUUG